CAAACUCUUAGCGGUAUUUCACGUUUGUGUUCUUCGCUUACAGAACAGUAUACUACACCACACUUGUUUCUCUCUCUGAAAUGGUUCAAAAGGGUAAGAGUUCGCAACGCUGAGUUUUGAGUUCCACAACACUGGACUAAAGUGUGCUUAAGCCGUGAGUUUUUUAGGUCCUCAAGAUGCUUGCACUCACUGAUUCUCCUCUACUUAUUGCUAAAACAUUUGAAGCAAUAAAAAUACCAACAAGUACACGAGGCACUGUGGUAUGUGCUGCAAAAGGUCCAAGACCUAGAUAUCCCCGAGUUUGGAAGACCAAUAAAAAAAUCGGGACCAUUUCCAAGGCUGCUAAGCUAGUUAAUUCUAUUAAGGAACUGUCAAAUGUCAAAGAGGAAGUUUACGGGGCUCUUGAUUCAUAUGUUGCUUGGGAGUUAGAGUUCCCUUUAAUCACGGUGAAAAAGGCACUCAAAACCUUAGAAUUUGAACAAGAGUGGAAGCGGGUAAUACAGGUAACAAAAUGGAUGUUGAGCAAAGGUCAAGGAAAGACAAUGGGAAGUUAUUUCACUUUACUUAAUGCUUUAGUAGAAGAUGACCGUCUUGAUGAAGCUGAAGAGCUUUGGACAAAGUUAUUAAUGCAGUACAUGGAAAGUUUGCCUCGUAGAUUUUUUGAUAAAAUGAUAUCUAUCUACCGUAAAAGGGACAUGCAUGAUAAGAUGUUUGAGAUAUUUGCAGACAUGGAGGAGCUUGGUCUUCGACCUAGUAUUUCUGUGGUCUCAAUGAUUGGAGAAGCCUUCAAAGAGCUGGGUAUGCUAGACAAAUACCAGAAGUUACAUGCAAAAUAUCCACCACAACAAUGGGAAUAUAGAUACAUCAGAGGAAAGCGUGUAAAAGUCAAAGUGCAAGUUCAGUCUAAUCAGGUCAACACAUACUUAAAAAGGCAUGAGAAUGUUGAAACAAACUUGGACUUAAACAAUAAUUAUAAAUCUGAAGAAGAGACUUCAGAGAUAAUUGAUGAUCAACAACUCAGACAGGAUGCAGAUAUAAUAUCCAUGGAACCUGAACAAAUUUCAAAUGAUAUGUAUGACAGUAUGGAACCUAUUUUGGAUGUGUAAUGGAAUGGGAGAAUGAUGAUAAAAAAUUAUUUCAGAUAAGUUUCUGUUGGCAGUUAUUGUUUAUCAUAGUUGAAAUCAUUAUGUGCAUGUCCAUGUCCUACAAGUUAAGAGUGAAGACACUCUAGGAGAAGGACUAGGAGAACAAGUUUUUAAAAAUUUCACAAAAUGUGAGGUUGAGAAUCUGAUGAUGGCUAUUUCAUUAGAGGAUAUCAAAUAAUUCAUUAAACGAGCGAUCUACUACUCAGGGAUCCUGCAAUCAAGAAGCCAAAGAGUUGAAGUUCUCCGAAGCCAGUAUCAAUGCUGAAUUCAACAUGGGUGCUAUGACUUGAAAUUCACAAGAUGCACGUUUCUGCAUUAGAGAGACUUUGAUUACGCUGUUAUGCAGGUUGGUUUUGUAUUGUUUCUUAUAUGUAUAGUAUUCAAAUUCUAUUUCUAAUUCUAAUUUAUGGGUCUAAAACUUUUUCAAAAUCCAGACUAGAGCAUGAGAGUCUGGCAACAUGUUUGUUUUUGCGUUUGUGAAGGGAGAUUUGUGUUUUCUUUAUGUGAUAUUUAGAAUUUAUAAAGUAAAGUAUUAAAACUA